AUGUCGGAGUUUUAUACCAUUUUUGAGUCCACUGGAGGAGUACGGUUCCACGCCGGCACUGGAUCUUUUGAAAGCCAAGAGACAACACACCACACGCAAGAGAGUACAAAUACAAACUCUCAGAGCGGAGACAACUCGAAAAAGCGUUCUUUUAGUGAUCGUGAGUCAAAUGACCAAAAUGGCGACGAAGAGGAUGAUGACUCGUCUAAACGUCGAAGACUUGGUUCAGAAACAAACUCCGACCUGUCAUCGCAUCUUGGACUUCGAUUUGCAUGCCCUUAUUACAAAAGGAAUCCGGGCCGACAUUCAACAAACACAUCCUGUGUAUAUCCGGGCUUUCGGCAUGUAUCACGUGUCAAGGAACAUCUUUAUCGCAACCACGCUCUGCCCAUUGCAUGUCCGCGAUGCUGCAACACUUUCAAAAGUGACGCGGAACUUUACAACCACUCUAGGGCGCCCGAAAGCUGUGAGGUUCAAGAACAACGUCCAUUGGAUGGGUUCAACAGAGACCAAGAGAUGAGGUUAAAAAGCAAGAAGCGGUCGCCAACUAUUGUGACGGAAGAAGAAAAAUGGAAAGCAAUAUACCGGAUUCUCUUCCCAUUUGAUCCUGAGGCGGACAUGCCAAGCCCAUGUAAGUCAGACCUAGGUUCCUCAUAUUUUUCGAACGAAUUUGCCAUGUUCGAAGUGUUUUCCCGGAGAGAACUUCCACGACUCGUGCAAACUGGCUUGGAAGUCAUUGUCGAACAGGAGACACAACCACUGGAGGAUAGAUUAAAGAGUCAAUUAGUGGAGAUUGUUCGAAACUCUCAAGCUCAACUUUUCUCGAUGUAUCAACAAUCCCGCAUCGCUCUA